AUGGCUGUGGUAGUAUGGGCCCUGUCUGUUCUGUUACUGCUGGUCCUGUCUUCCCCGGGGGUCUGCUCAGCUCCCAGCGCCCAGCACCUGUGUGGCUCACACCUGGUGGAUGCCCUCUACCUGGUCUGUGGGGAACAAGGGUUCUUCUAUAACCCCCACAGAAUCCCCAGAGACCUACUCCUGCAACACCUUAUAGGGUUCCUGUCUAGAAAGAGCAGACAGGGUUGGAGGGUGAAGCAGGAACGUCCAUGGAAGGACCAUGAAGACCAGAAGGUGAAAAGAGGCAUUGUGGAACAGUGCUGUCAUAAGCCAUGUAGCUUCAGCCACCUGCAGAGCUACUGCGACUGACUGGAGUCUACUCCUCAUAGUCUACACUCGAUUGAUAAGAGCACAGACUAGCCUCAAGAGCUACUGGUGGAAGGACAUGUCAAUCUUGUAUACAACUAAAUGUCAAGGGAAAACAGAAAAAACAGAAACAAUAAAACAUGUGUAUGAC